AGCGCGGCCGCGCGCCACUCGCGCGCCGGAGCCCGCCACAGAGCCACGAUCGAACGACCGACGCCUGCACCGGGUGUCGUAUUACCGCCUCUAAAUAUAUCUCGCGAGCGCGAUCGCCUAUUUGGAAACGGACGCGGGCCGUGUUUUGAACCAGUGAUUGACAGUGUCGAGUGAAGAAUCUCCCCGAUCGACGAGAUCCCCGGCGACAUGGCACAGUUAAUAACUGUGCGGCUGAACAAGUCCGAUCAGCAGCCGCUGGGCUUCCGGCUGCAAGGCGGCAAGGAUUUCGGCACGCCUCUCGUCGUACAAAAGGUUAACGGCGGCGGCGCGGCCGAGCGCGCGGGCCUGCAGGCGGGCGACGCGCUCAUCCGCGUCAACAACACAGACGUGUACACGCUGCGCCACCAGGAGGCGCAGGACACCAUCCGCGCGGCCGGCCCCACGCUCGAACUUACUGUGCAGAGAGGUGGCGGCACUUGGCGGCCGGCGGUGACGCCCACGGGCAGCCUGCCGCGGCCGGGCUCCAAGCCCCUCGGCGGGAGCCCCGUGCCCGUCACGAACACCUCCCUGAAGGCGACGCCGCAGCCCACACGCGCUUUCGGUUCCGGACACAACAGCGUUGCAAAACCUUUUGGAUACAUGAACGGCAGUGACAGUGUGAAGAGCAUCGUCAACAAGCAGUACAACACGCCCGUCAACAUGUACAGCGACAAGACCAUCGCCGAGACGCUCUCCGCGCAAACAGAGGUCUUGGCCGGAGGCGUUCUCGGAGUUAACUUUAAGAAGAAUGAGAAAACUUAUGAUGCAGAGAAGAGUGCCGUCUUCAAGGUGCUACAAGAGGCAGAAAAUGACCCAGAGCCAGAACCGACCACUUUUUUAUCGCGGGCUCGUGUGGCACGCACCGGCUCGCCGAGCGUGGCGCUGCGCGCGCAGGCCGCGGCGCGCUCGGCUCGCGAGCGCCUGCCGCCGCGCCCCGCGUCGGCGAGCCUCGCUCCGGGCGCCCCGCACCGGCCCAGCAUCCCCGUGGGCAGCCACCGCGUGCUGUCGGACGGCCGCGUGGCCCUGGGCGCGCCCGCCCCCGCGCCGCCGCAGCUCGCCGUCUCGCCGCCGCCCACCACCGACACGCCCUAUUGCUCCGAGUGUAACCGCAACAUCGAUGGCGUGUUCGUGCGCAUCAAGGACAAGAACCUGCACGUGGAGUGCUUCAAGUGCGCGACGUGCGGCUCGUCGCUGAAGAACCAGGGCUACUACAACAUCAACGGCAAGCUGUACUGCGACAUCCACGCCAAGCUGGUGGCGCGCCAGAACCCGCCCGCGCCCAACCUCGAGCCCGUCACAGUGUCCCCCGGUGGUCGAAUUCCCACCAACGCCUACUCGACUCCUUUGCCGCCGCUGUCUACGAACAACUACACAAACGGCUCCUCUUCAAUGUUCAGCCCGUCAAGCAACCUGUCAGGGCCUAAACCAUUCGGCUCGUCCAUCGGCUCGGCGUACUCGCCCGCCUCGCUAUCGCCACGCUCGGCGCCGCUGUCGCCCGCGCGCCCGCUCGCCGCGCCCGCCGCGCCCUCGCCCGCCAUCCCGGCGGCUACCCCCUUCGCACCCAAGAACCCAGUUUCAGUUUUUAAAGACAACAAUACAAAAAGCAUUGUGUGGCCCCCACCGUUUCCUCCAGAAGACGAACCACAAACAGAAAUUAACCCAAGUAAAAUUCAAAAACUACCUUGUAGCGACAUUACUUCUUCGGUUCAAGAGGCACAAAUAGUGAUACCAGAUAGUAAUUUAAAUUCUCGUACAACCGAAACAAACUUACAAACAAAAUCUGCAGAACAGAAUAGUUCUUCAUCUCAGCAAAAAUCGGAAUACUCUUCAAAUACUACAUAUGAAACUGCUAUCACUUCGUCAUCAACUUCUAAAUCAGAAUCGAUAGUGCAAAGUCAGCAAUCUCAAUCAAUUAAAGAAUUAUCUUCCUGUACUGUUCAAUCGUUUUCUCAAGCAGCUUCAUCUCAUGAAAGUCAAAGUUUUUCUAUUUAUGAAACACAGGAAGCCUCUGAACUAAAUAAUAACAGGCUCUUAUGCGAGGUUAAUACUGUAGAAAAGUCCACAAAACCAAAGGCAAAAGAAAAUCAAACUUCAGAUAAAAGUAUAAGUAACGCCAAAGACAUUAAUUCAGGUGUAAAAGAAAUCGUUGAGGACAUAGAGUCAAAAUAUCAAACGAAUACAGCAGUAUCGACCCUAGAUAGGAAUACUAUUUCGAAGCAUAAUUAUAGCGUUAGUCUAGGUGAAGAUACAACGAAAAAACGUGAAAUUUCAGAUUUAACUGAAACAAAUGUGAACGCAUUUUUAGAUUUCCAUAAAGAUACACCUGCAGCGUUACAAACAGAAAGCCCGCAAAGCGAUAUGGCGAUGAAACAAUCACAUAAUAUAUUUAAGCAGGAACCGAAACCGCUUCCUUUACCGCCGAGUAACCGUCAAAAUAAACAGCGUUCUCUGCCAUCGCAAACGACGCCACAAAAACCACAAAAUAAAAGUGUUAAUGCUAAAACCACUCCUCAAACCAAUUCAUCUACAUCAAGCCAAAUGAAAAAUUCUAAUAUUGUAAGGGGAUCUUUGUUAGAGGCUCUAACAAUAGCUCCUGAUCGACCCUUUAGUCCAUUAGCUUUCAAUAUACCAAAUCAGCAUCUUUCAUCGUCAUCAACAAGUCAAAACCAAUCAAUACCAUCUGACAAUAUAUUUUCACCGGCAAUGCACACAAAUAGUGAUUUUACUAUAAACGAACCUAGUCCGAAAUCCAGUGAACUUUCGACUAUGCAAAAAACAGGAUUGUUGCAAACUUCUUCUGGAUUAUCGGCAUUUAAGCCAGUCAGUAAACAAACAUUUCCACCACCGUCACCUUCAGAAUUUUCUGCAAUGAUAGAUGGCUCUCAAAUUAAUAAAGAGAUGAAUCAAUUUUCUCAUAUGCAACAAGAGUCUUUAUCAUCACAAACGAAAUUUACACAAAAUGUUGCUGUUUCUGCUAGCAGUGCAUCCACUACUCAAGGGUUUUCAACAAUAAAUACCGCAGAGAACUAUUUGCAACAAUCAAAUAAACAAGAAUCAUCGACAUUUGCAAUAACAAAAUCUGGUUUUCAUAGGCCUGAAAUAGUCCCACCAUAUCAACAGAAAAUUGAACCACAGCUGCCAUUUCGUAGCGGACCUAACCCGGCUAUGCAGCAAACACCUGUUGCUCCUAUACCAGUGAAUCCUCAAAAACGCCAAAAUAUACCUGAACAAAACAAGUUAAAAAAUAAAGAACCUUCCAGUUUAAUGACGUUUCAGCCUGUUGUUGACGAAACUAUGCAAAGAAUUUCACCCGUACGCAGCCGUCCAACGACUCCAAGUUUAAUUAAUAAACCUGCACCUAUUAUUCCUCCGUAUCAGAUGAAUUUAGUUACAAUGGAACACGCAGCGCCUGAAAGUCGCAUGUACUCACCAGCAAGAGAAGAACCUGGCCAAUCUUUAUCAUCUAAAGGAACAUGUCGUUCACCAUUUAAUCCACUAAAAGCACAAGCUCCUCGAAUUAAAGAGAAUUCUAUCCAAUAUCCUAACUUGAACCAAGGCGAAAUUCAAAAUCAACCACCAAUUGUAAGAGAACAAAGAGAGUCCAAUGUAGGAUAUCAAAGUCAAAGUUACAACAAAGGAGAUAUGAAAAUUAAAGAAGAUAGUAUGUUUAAUCAAAACUAUGGUCAGAGACAACAAGAAUCUCAGAAUGUGUCUGAAUAUGGCAAUACAACUGUACAAACCACGAGAAAAACUUACGAAGAGUUUGAGAGAGCACAAUCCGCUAAAGUGAUAGAAAUACAAAAAGGUGGUUCUCGGUCUUCUGGUUCAUAUCAGCAAGUUGAAUCAAAUAGCCUACCCUCGUCUAAUAUGUCCAUCAAACAGGUUUUCCCUCCUACCGUUUCAAAUUUGAUACCAUCCCAACCGAACUUGUCAUUUAAUACUACUAACGAAAAUGUUAUCACCGCUAGUAAACAAGCUGAAUUUUAUCAACCGACUCCUUUGAUAUCUGGUGCUAACCAAGGUCCAGUGUGUGAUCCUACCCCAUCAACAGGUUCCAGUGUAGGAGCUGCCACUCGCGGCAAAACCUUUGGUGUUUCAUCAGCCCCUAAACGAGGAAGAGGAGUCUUAAACAAAGCUGCUCUACCCGGAUCACGCGUACCUCUUUGUGGUUCUUGCAAUGGCAACAUUAGGGGGCCGUUUAUAACUGCGUUGGGUCGGAUUUGGUGCCCCGAGCAUUUCAUAUGUGUGAACGCAACAUGCCGACGACAGUUACAAGACAUUGGAUUUGUGGAAGAAAAUGGACAACUAUAUUGCGAAUAUUGCUUUGAGCAAUAUAUCGCUCCUGCUUGUGACAAAUGCCAUGCGAAGAUUAAAGGAGAUUGCUUGAACGCCAUCGGCAAACACUUCCACCCAGAAUGUUUCAGCUGCGUGUAUUGUGGGAAAUUAUUCGGAAACAAUCCGUUCUUCUUAGAAGAUGGAUUGCCAUAUUGUGAAGCAGACUGGAACGAGUUAUUCACGACAAAAUGUUUCGCAUGCGGGUUCCCCGUGGAGGCGGGCGACAGGUGGGUCGAGGCGCUCAACAAUAACUACCACAGUCAGUGCUUCAACUGCACGGUGUGCAAAAAGAAUCUCGAAGGACAGAGUUUCUUCGCCAAGGGAGGACGACCUUUCUGCAAGUUACACGCCCGCUAGGACUCCUGAGCCAUUAAUGUAUAACUCUGAUACUGUUUACUCAAUUACUACUUUCCGUCCCGUCUCUACCUCGCCGCAUUCGAUUCCAGCAACUGAUACUCCCGUGCCACAGCGCACGAGGAAAUUAGAAACGCCACUCCACUUCG